CGCUAAAGCAGCCCGUCCCGUCCCGUGUGAGGACUGUGUGAGCGGGGCUGAGUCCUGACUCCUGAGUCACUGGGAUUGCCUGGCUGCUGUGAACGCGCGCUGCGAGUUUACUACACUCGUGUUUAUAGUUCUGCAUUCACGAACACGGGACAGUCCGGCGGAAGAAGCAGCUCCCACACAUCACAGAGAGCAAGCUCAACGAGAACCUAAGGGAGUGACGCAGGCUGCAGGAUGAAACGGGAGGUGAACGCGGCGCUCGAGUUUCUGCUUCGUCUGAUCAAGCAGAGAGGCACGGUGGACGACAGCAAAGCCGAACGCUUCGCAGACAAGCUGAGAGCCACCCUCCACGAGAGAUACGCCCACCACUGGUACCCAGCCAAUCCCAGCAAGGGCCAGGCCUACAGGUGCAUCCGUGUUAACCGCACUCAGCCCUGUGACGAGAGCCUGCUGCAGGCCUGCAGAGAGACUGGGCUGCAUCCCUGUGAACUGGGGCUGCCCAGGGAGCUCACACUGUGGAUUGACCCUGGAGAGAUCAGUGCCCGGUCUGGAGAGAAGUGCCAGCACUUCACAGUGGCCCAGUUUGAAGAGGAGGGAGAGGGAGAGGGGGAGCGAGAGGGAGGAGUGGAGAACGCCGCACAGAACCCCAGCCCAGACCAGAAACCCGACUGCACUGAACAGCAGACCUCAGAUUACCACUCUGCCACCUCCUCUGACUGCAGCUCAGACAACGAGGCAGGAGAGAAGGAGCAGCAGGAGGAGGAGGGGGGCCCCUCCGAGACCCCCACAGCACCCCCGCGUGCCCCGCCACCUCGCAGCUCCAAACACAAAGAGUAUUUCUAUCACCCGGCCCCUGUGUGGCCCCGGUACAAGAGGAAGGCCCCCCUGUGGCUGAGCACCGCGUUCCAGCCUGGGGGCCCCCUGCUGGGGUACUACAUCCUGCCCCAGACCCUGAGCUACACCCCCACCGCGCAAUUCAUCAUCCCCCAAGCAGCGCUGCAGCCGAGCGGGUCCGCGAAGGGAUGAAGGGAGAGGGGCACCGGGGUCUAGCAGAGUGAGCUGCAGUGGCAGUGCACAAACAGAGGGGGGCGCCGUGUGCUAUUCAACUGUACGAUCCAACGCAAUUUGUAUGUUGUUUUUUUAAAAUUUUGUUUUGCUUCAGUCGUUGUCAGCGGGUGUAGGUUCUCUCUGCAGUCCUGAGUUCUUUCUCUGCUCUUACCAGGCUUUGAGACGCUGCGAGCUCGGCUGGUAAACCCGCACUGCAUCUUACGUCUCGUAUUCUGAUUUAUUCUGGGGUUUUGUUUCUUUGUUUGUUUGUUUUUUAAACAUGUAAAAUAAGAUUUUUAAUAUAUACAUUAACUCGAAUUUUGAUGUAAAUUACUUAGUAUUUUUUUACAUUUAUAUAUAUUAUAUAUUAAUAUAAAGCUUUAUAUACUAUAAAUGAUGAUGGCUUUAAUAAAUUAAUACUUUAUAAAUAAUACAAAAA